UUGUUUUACGUGGUAAACCUGAAAUAAUUGGCUGUGGCGAGAUUAACGACACAUUGACGCGAUCUAGUCCCCCCAAUAAAACCUCUUGUAUAAUCAUGUGAUGAAUGGAUUCGUCCAACACGCUCCACCCCCACCGCCUGCUGAUUUAAUGGUACGGUCCGACCCGGAAGUGGUCCACGUCGCCCGGGGUGCGCGAGGGAGCUCCCUUGGCGCUGCUUCAUCCACUGCUGGACGGCGGCCUCCUCCACUCCCCCCACGCGUUGGGAGAGAGGGGUUGUUUGGCCAUACUUCACCACUCCGGCCGUCUCGAUGGGAGUUCCCCGCCGGCUGCUGCGCCGUCUGCGCCGCUGGGCGCGCCGCGGCUCGCGCCGCCGCCUCCGCUCGCUGCUGCGGCGCCACCCGGAGAUCUGCGGGGCGGGGGCCGGGGGGAGCUCGGCGGCGGGGGCGGCCCUGAUCUCGGCGAGCCGCCGGGGCCACGCGUCCGUGGUGCGGCUUCUACUGCGCCGCGGCGUGGAUGGGGCGGCGGCGAGGGGACGCGGCGGGGAGACGGCGGCGCACGCAGUGGUGCACAGGGCGCUGAGACGGCCCACGGACAAGGGCUGCCUCCGCGUGAUCGCCGUGCUGCGCAAGUACUGCCCGGACUGCCUCCAGGUGCGCAACCUGGACGGCAUCACCGCAGCACACCUCCUGGCUCGCCUGCCUCACCAGGACGGGCUUGCGGAGCAGCGGGAGGAGGCGGUGUCGCUGGUGGGGGCCGUGCUGGGCGAGCGUGGGGGUUGGGGCUCCGAGGAGGAGGGGCCGUGGGGAAGCCGCGGGGAGGACUCCGCGUGGCUGCGCCGCGUGCGGGACGAGUGUGAGGACGAGUACAACUCUGCCUGGGGGCGCUACGAGGGCGACUUCGAGGCGGCGGACGGCAACGGCUCCGAGCCCGAGACCUUCGAGGGCUGGGUUCAGCGCCUGGCCCGGGAGCAGCGCGAGCGCUGCCGCCCGGGCCCCAGCGCCGCCGAGCUCCGGCGCCGGCGGCUCCGCGAGGAGAGCGAGCGGCGCGAGGAGCGCUGGCGGCAGGAGCUGCGAGCGACGCUCGCCACGGAGCGCUCGGAGCGCCAGCGGCGCGCAGCCGCGGCCUCCUCCGCCGCGGCCGACGCCGCCGCCGCCGCCAAGGAGUCGUACGAGCGCCGGCUGCUGGCCGCGGCGGAGAAGCUGGCGCGGUCGGCCGAGCGCGCUGCCGAUUCUGCCGGAGGCGGUGCGCAGCGGCAGGGGGAGCUGCGGUACGAUGACAUCCCGUGGCCGGCGCCGCACGGCACCGCCGAGGAGAUGGCGGCGGUGCUGGCGCACGGCGUGGACCGGACGGAGGAGGGAGGUGCCCCCUACAGGCGCCACCUACGCCGCCAGCUCGUGUUGUGGCACCCGGACAAGUUCGAACAGCGGUUUGGCGCAAGGCUGCACGUGGCCGAGCGGGAGGGCGUCCUGCGCACCGUCAAGGAGCUGUCGCAGGCACUCAACAGGCUCAUGGGGGGCAUCGCCACGUGAUAGCGGUGGUGGCGAUGGUGAUGAGGAAGAUGGUGGUAACGGUGGAAGUGAUGGUGGUGAUGAUGGUAGUGGUGAUGAUGAAGUCGGUGGUGGUGAUGAUGAUGAUGAAGGUGAUGAU